UGAACGACGUAUUCGUCGUAAAGAUGGUGCUUGAUGCAAGUUCGAGGUAAAUUUUAUUUAACAUGUCUGAAGUCGUGCACACUGUACCGAUGUGUCGUCCUCUUCACCCUGCCCUUCACUGAGCAUAUAGCAACUCGUCUCUUUGCAAAAUGUAUCUGGCAUACAAGAAGAUCAAAAAGCACCGUGCUCGCAAAGCCGCAGAAGCUACCGCAGCGGCCGCAGUACCGACUUCUGCAGUCCCUACUUCUGUGCCCUCCUCGAUCAACACCAAGACCACUGCUUCCACCAACACUUCACCUCAAACAGCAGCUACACCGAAGAAACCAUGCCCGCAGUGCGCACAGGAGAAGACUGUCGCUCGAAAGUAUCGCUGGAAACUCCUCUUCUGCCUGCUCCCCGCUUUCUUCGAUGCAAGUCUUGACUUGACCAUUGUCGCAACAGCCUUGCCUCAGAUCGCUUCUCAUUUCGACAAAUUCAAUCAACUCAAUUGGAUUGUUACAGCCUUCACCUUGACAUCAACAGCCUUCAUCCCCGUCUUCGGCCAAUCAGCAGACAUUUUCGGUCGCCAUGCAACGAUCCAAUCCGCCGUUGUCCUCCUGACUAUAGGCAGCGUUCUCUGCGCCGCUGCACCAGACUGGCCCGUGCUGCUCCUUGGUCGAGCUCUACAAGGUAUGGGCACGGCGGGCAUCCAGAAUGUGGCCAUGAUCAUCCUGGCCGACUCCGUUUCUCUCAAAGAACAAGCCGUCAACACCAGUAUUUUCCAGCUAAUGAACGGUGUGGGAUACAGCAUCGGUCCCGUCAUUGGGGGUUACAUUACCAACGCCAACUGGCGCUACUGCUUCGUCCUCUGUACCGGCCUUUCCGUGAUGAGCUUCUGCACCAUCUUCCUCCUCCGCGGCGACCUCAAGCCUGGCAAGAUCUCGCUCUCCCGGCCUGAGCCAUCUCAAACACGCUUUCAAGCGCUUGUCUCCGGCCUUUCCACGCUCGACAUCGGCGGGAUCACGCUGUUCAUUCUGGGUGUCGGCCUUGUCAUCCUCGGCACCGCCUGGGGCGGCUCGACAUUCCCAUGGAAAUCAGGCGCGGUAAUAUCGAGCAUCAUCCUCGGAGCGCUCCUCAUCAUGUUGUUCCUUGCGUACGAAACGCUCCUCUCCCCAGGUCGCAUUCUCAACCGCCACUUCCCGAAGACCGUACCCAUGAUCCCUUCCUCCGUGCUCUCAGCCAAAGACGUCAAAUUAGUCUGCUUCAUCGCCGCGGCCACGGGCUCCGCGCUCUACUCCGUCUUCUACUUCAUAGGCAUCUACUUCACCCUCGUGGAAUCCUACACCUCGUCCCACGCCGGCACGCAACUGCUCUACUACGUCCCCGGGUUGGGCGUCGGCGUCUACGGCGCAAUCUUCAUCUGCAAUGUGUAUCCGCGGCAGACAUUCUGGCCUUUGUUUAUUGGCACCGUGGUCGAAACCGCUGGCAUCGCGGUCCUCUCUUACGCUGUCAAAGCCCGCGACCCAACGCUCGUCAACGUCAUGAUGGCGAUUGCAGGCGCUGGGACGGGCAUGCGCUUCAUGCCGUCCAACCUGCACCUGUCAGGCAUGUUCCGGUCACAACUCGCCAGCGUAUACUCGUUGUUGCGCUUCGCGCUGCCGUUCGGCGGCACCCUCGCCCUGACCAUCAUGGGCAGUGUCUUCCAGAACCAGAUGAGCGAGUAUUUCGGGUCUGACGCCGUGAGCAAUUCCAACUCCAGCUCCAACAACAGCACGUCGACGGCGACCAUAAAUCUACACAAUCAAGCCUCGCUCGACGCAAUAAGCAGCCUGCCGCAGGCCGAACAAGACGCCAUCCGCGCACAGGGUGCCACGGCCACGAUGUGGAGUUUCAUUUCGAUCCUGCCGAUCCUGGGACUAAGCCUGGUUGCCAGCGUCGGGCUGGGCAACGUCUGGAUCCCAAGGCGCAAGUCAUCCGAGAACGAGGAGAAGGACCAGGAGAAAGGCGAACUUCAGCAGCUUCGGGAAGAUGGACUGUGCAGGCGCCAUGCGAACUCUGCCACGGGCCGCGACGUUGCUGCCGAGGAGACGCAGGGUGUCGAGUUCAUUACGUCCAGUUUCCUGUUGGCUUUGUCAAGGGGCAAUGUGCGACAGUUGAAGACGUCGGCCGCCGUGCCGCAGCAAGCGGCGGCGGUUUCAGGCGAGGGCGCACAUCUGCAGAGCAAGUUGAACGAAGACGCCCUGCCGAGAGAUCCCACGGAGCAGGUACACAUGAGAGAAUCGCCGGGAGGGGCGAGAGGCAGUACCGAAUAGGGUCCAUCAGGUCUAAGCGUGCCUUUCGUUUCAUAUUUCGUUCAUAUAUAUAUAUACCCUGUAUGUUCAUAGAUUCGCUACGUCAACAUCAUAACC